AUGGCGGGCAUGCAUCACUCCACGACCAGUGGCGGUGACGUUGGCAGAGAAACCAUGGGUAUCCUUGCACCCGGCAAGCAAGGCGUGCGGUUGCGCCAGGCGACGCCGCACCACGGAUUGCAUUCCCAGGACAGUCAGCCUCCAGGAAACAAUGCACUAUUACGAAAUGAAGAACAUUUAUACUGCGCCAACGCUGCUUCACCGCUGCAUCGCGUGCUCUAUCUUCUCGCUUGUCCCAAUCCGGACUGCCCAGAGCGCUGCUGGCUCGUUCGUGGCGUAGCCGCGGUGCCGCCAGACCCCAACGACCCAGCUGAAGUCACACAGGCGGCUGCAGCUCCUGACGGCCCGGCAGCGGCUCCCGCCUCAACAUCAGACUGGGGGGUUGCUGCUGCAGAUGACUGGGGAACGACUUCUGCCACCAAUGACACCGCUGCCGCCACCACUGCUGAUUCUUCAGACUGGGGCCACGCUGCUGCCGAUGACUGGGGUCUCGGGACCAGCGAUCCCAGCAGUACUGCCGACGGCUGGACUUUUGAUGACAGCAACCAGGAGGCCGCUGCUAGCGACAACCAACACAGCACUCUCGAGGACCUCUUGCAAAAGUCCGAGGCGCGCGCGUCUGAGCAUCAAGCCGCCCGUACGGCUCGUGCCGCUCUCCCACAUGGACACGGCAACGUCAAGCACGACCCCAUCCCAGAUUACAUUGAUACCGACGCCCACAUCUUCACCGGCUUUAACAUUAGUUUUUACGAGGUCUGUUGA